AUGGAUCCUGCUACCGCAAUUCCUGUCUGCCAAGUAGCCAGUCCGUACCAGGGUCCUGAAAACGUCACGAUUCGAUGGAUGGAGGUGGCAGACGUUGGAUACCGGACUUCUAUCAGGGUCAAUGUGGCUGUUGAGUUGUACGCCGGCCGACCGAAGUCUGGUUUGCCACGCAGAUACUGA